AUGGUUCCGUGCUAUGUGGUAUCCGGGAUUCAUGAAACCGGCAAUCGUCCUGAAGUGAAAAAAGAACCACCGACGUUAGAUUCGAACACCCUAUUGUCCCUGUUGUCCACUCCGACGGGCUCACAGGCGCGUAGUGGUGGUGGUGGUGGUUUAGCUGGUAUUGGUACGCCGGGCGGUGUGAACAUGUCACUAGCCGGUUCCAUGGCGAACGGAACUCUACCGGGUCUGGAUUCGCUCUCGGUCACAUCCAAUCUGGAUCACUCGGGACUCUCAAUUCCAACAGUCUAUUUGAAUCAGGCUCUGGAAACCUUGGUCCCGUCUGCACCACUUAACCCAAAUCUGGAUCCGACUUUACCACGGACCACCACGAAUGUAAUCGACCAGUUGACCAUGGCCAAUACCUAUCAACAGUUGGCACGUCUUGCUGCAAGGAAAACGCCCACAUUGACGCAACAACAACAACCACUGCCGCCACAUCAACAGCAGCAACAGCAACAACCACUGCAGCAGCAGCAACAACAACAACAGCUUCAACCAUCGUCACAUCCUUCUCAACCAUCGAUUCCUACAAAUGCGGGUCUGCUACCCCUAACAGAGUCCACUCCGACUCCGUCCCUGUCGUUGGAGACGAUCGCGCAACUGUCCAACGGUUUACCGACCGAACUUAUUCAACAAUUGCUGGGUCAACAGCCUGCAUUGCAAAAUCUGAGCGACGGAAUAUCGUUAUCCGGUCCGGACGAUAGUCUGUCCUUGGCGUUGCAGAGUUUACUACUCAAACAGAUGCUUGAAGCGACCACUGCCGCCGCCACACCCAAUCCCGGCCUG